GGGAGCCGCGGGGGGUGGCCUCGCUUCUGCGGGCGUACCUGGGCGAGGAGGCCCUGCCGGGCUACCGCUGCGACGCGUGCGGCGAGGCCGGCACCUCGCGCCGCCGCUGGCGGGUGGCGCGGCCCCCGGAGCAGCUGGUCGUGACGCUGAACCGGUUCGCGUUCACGGCCAGUGGCGGGCAGGAGAAGGUCGACGCGCACGUGGCCGCCAGCAAGGUGCUGGACCUGCCCGUUGCCGACGGGGACGGGCGGGAGACCUCCGCGGCGUACUCCCUCUACGCCAUUGUCAACCACAUCGGGUCCUCACCGCGGUGCGGCCACUACAUCCGAGGAACAGCAGGGGCGUGAUCACAGAGUCUCGGGUGUCCGCGCGGGGUUCUUGGA